GAUGGACGAAACCGGAACGUCUCCGACCCUGCAUUAUGGACCCCGCUCUCCGAUGCGUUUUCUUCUCCAGAGAAUCCAAUCGCCUUGAAGCCCGAAGAUGGGAUGAUCCCCUCGUCACAACUCAUCAGCAAGGGUUCAAUUGAUAUCGGCAUUUCAACCCAACCCAGCCCACUCAAGUUUUCUUCAGAUAGUCCGAGGAAAUCGAAUCGAACGCGAGAAUCGGAGCCCGACCACGAGCAUGCAGACGAUGAGAGCGGAUCUCCGGAAAUUAUUCGCAGAAAAUCCACCUUGCAAUUAUCGUUCUCAACGGGUGAAAAACGCUCCACGGGAAAUGAUGCCUCGAGAAAAUUUUCCCAAGUUUUCGGUACCUCGGCUAGAUUUUCUGAAAACAAGCAGGGGUCGGAUGUGAAAUCCCGGGGCACUCAUAAUCGCAGCAGCAGCAACGGUUCGCCCAUCAGUCAAAGCAGAAUUGACGAGAGCGCAGUCGAGCCAGGGAUGUAUUCGCGAAAGAGCAAUAUCGCUCCCCGAAACAGUCCGAUAGAUGGCAGUAGUCCGGAGUUCAUCACCUCUGAAGAGGAAUACAAACCGGAAGAACAAAACGCUGUGCAAAGCCGUGAGGAAGCAAGAAGAACCAGCGUUGAAAAAGAGCAAGACUGGACAAAAAUGACUCCAGACGAAAACCUCAACGAGUCGAGAAGAAGCAGCCUUGAAAGCCCAAAGGCAGACGCAGUACCAGCAGUGCUAUUUAUAACACCACCCGAGUCCCCGAAGGAAGAACCACAUAUUCAUGAUAAUAGAAAAGUCAAGUCAUCCCCCGCCUUCUUGAACGACGAACUCGAAGAACACACGCCAGAAAGUCCAGCCCCCGUCAUCUCGGAAGAUAUUCCCAAUGAACCCUCACCAGAAAGUCCAUUCCCUGUCAUUUCGCAAGGUACCCCCAAAGAACUCGCGCCACGAAGUCCAUCGCCCACCGCUUUAAAGGACAUCUUCAAAGAACCCACACCAAGAAGUCCAUCCUCCGUCAUUUCGGAAGCUAGCGUCAAAGAACCCUCACCCCGAAUAAGUCAACCUCGCACCAUUUUAAAAUCCGUUAUAAAAGAACCUAUACCACGAAGUAGAUCCCCCGUCAUUCCGGAAGCUAUCGAAGAAGAAAACAAUCCAAAUGAAUCCCCUCCACCUCCAGUCAAGAGCGAAGAACCAGUGCCGGAGGUUCUCCAGACUUCCGUCAAGUCAAAGAAAGUUAUUCUCCCAGCCGAAGAGGGCGAAAACAAGCCGGAAGACACAGCAGCUCCUGAUGGAGACCAGAGACGAUCUGAACUUGAAGCACCAAUCCCGAAUAAAGGAGGACAGAAUCACCAUAAACUGGAUCACGUCAAGUUAAAAGAUAUAGAGUGGGGAAUGGGUCGAAGGCCGAAGUCAGCCGCAGGUCGUGAUUCGGAACUUGACAAAGUCCACGUGCUUUAUAAGCUGACUCCGAUGAAAUCGAACUCAGUAGAUAACGGGAAGCCACCUCCUGAAAAACCCUCUCAGUACGAUGUCGCCGAAAGUCCUUUGCUAGCCUCUGUUUUGCCCUACGAGCCUGAGCGUUCGAAACGGUCUGAAUUCCAAUUCUCGCCGUAUGUUUCCACGUCUGUGAGUUCAACGCAGCAAGAAACCGUGAGCACGGAUGGGCUCCAAGAAGAAGAUAAUAACGGCGAAGACAAGAAGAGCGCCAGAACGGAAGGUGGUUCGGAAUCCAUGGAGAUCCCUUGGUUGAAGCAGCGAAGAUUCCCGUCAGAUUACGUGCAUGGAGUUGAAGCGGUCGCCAUGAAGCUAGGAAAUCCCAUCGAUAUUGGAAUCAGCAAAAUCACGCUGAUCACCAAAGGCAUCCACUUCGACACUUCGACGAAUUCACCGUCAGGAAAUCCCACAGAAGUUCUGGCGAGAUUGGCAAAUCAAGCCCCAGAUUCGGACGAACAAACAUCCGCUUUAUCAUCUCGCAAAAAACGAGAUACCUCGGGUCCUCAGAAGCCCAAAUCACAGUAUUUAACCUCAGAAACUAUAACCGAUUCUCUGCUACACGAGCCAGCUUUAAUUAACGACGCUUUGCUGGAGAGAAUCUCAAUGAUCCCCACGGACGAGCUGCUCAACAGUGAGCAAAAUUGCGACACACAAAAGGACAUUAAGGAGCGGUUCAAUCGGAGUUGUUCGGUCAUGAGGGCCUUGGAUAAAAUGUCGGAUCCAAAAACGAAGCUGAAAGCCGUCACGCAGAGGAUCAGAAGAAAACUGAAACCAGGGACUAGAUCCAGAAGUCAUCAGCCUGCCAGUUCAAGACACCCUAAUGGUGUAUGCUUCGAGGAAUCACCCGGCAGCGUUUCAGACGAAAGUUCCCAGUUUUCUGGGCAUCAUAAAUUGAGAACGUACACACGGUCGAGAAGUCACCCCAACUUGAGACUUGAAUCUCCUAAAAGAAGCAGAUCAAAACCACCACGGGAGAGGAUCAGAGGAGGUAGUUCCAAUGAGCGAGAAACACAGAUGUACCUGAUCGAGUUGAAACCGUCGUCGCACAGGAAGACCAAAUUGACUCACAAUUUGCUCGAGGAACACAUCACAGGCGACAAGGGAAUUGUUUACAAGGUUCUUUUUCCUAAACCCCGGGUAGCAUUGAUGGGUGGUGGAGAUGGUGUAUUCAAGAUUUACCCAAUCCCAGAAAGUGUGAUACGUGAGAACGGAAAGCAAGCUGAUGUGGCUCUUCAAGUGCCGACCCCGGAAUAUCUGACUGAUGAAGAACCCUUGCUGGAUGAUUCCGACGGCAGCGUUACGGUAUUGAAAGCUCCCGGGAAAAGGUUUCCCGCUUCCGUCCUGAACCUGGGAGCACGUUACCAAAUCGAAGAUCCGAGCCAAGAAGAACCUAAAGAGGACAAUAGUAUGGAAGACAACAUAGGCACGCGAGGUGUUGGUCAAGAUUUCAUGGCAGAGCUCAAAAUGUCUCAGAGUUACAUCAUGUCAAGGAGAUCAAGCAAACAAGAUCAUGGGCCAGAGAUUAAAAUUCCCGAGGAACCAGGGCCGAAAGUGGCAGACGAACAAGAGACGAAAGAGACAGAGGAGCAAUCGAAGAAUAAAUCGACUGAGGAUGGAGAAACAAAACCCUCACAAGAGCAUAAUAAUCGCAUGAACGGGCACUCGGAAAACCAGUCCGCAAGAUUCAUAGGACAACAAACACCAGAUCAAGCUGAGGAAUUUCUCAAGGAUAUUGAAUCCCUCAUCGAAGCCGGGCAUAUCGAAACGCAAGAAAUCAAGCCAAAAUUACCGAAAGAACCGCCAGUGAUUUCCUUCAAGAAAGGGAAAUUGCAAGAACGCCUCGAAACAACUAAAAAGGCUAGCUUCCAUCCGAAUCACCUUGCGCAACAUGCUGACGAUAAGAGCAACGCUUCCGAGCAUUCUGAACAAGCGAGACAAAGCAAUGCCUCCAGUAAGAAAAAGUCGGAGGCAGCAUCCAUUCUACCCCGGAAAGCUCUGCCUUCCAUCGUCAACAAGUCUGGCGCUGAAAGCGACGCUCAUCACUCUCGGUCCCGACCACGCGGGAAAACCCCUCUUCGCAAGCAAAAUGCCACUUCGGUCAAAUCCGACUCGUCGAUUCUUUCCAGAGAUGGCCAAACCAAGGAUGAACCCGUUGAACAACGCGAGGAACAGACUACUCGUUCAAGUGAUGUGCCAGCAGAGAAAUUGCCCAUGGAAAGCGAAUCCACUGUGAUCGAGUUUGGUUUCCCCGAAAUAACUGACGCACACGUUGAGCAUCAGCAGCCUCCGGAAGAACUGCUGGCGGAAAAGAUACAAAAGAAGAAGCAACUCUUGGCAGCUCAGGAUUAUCUGUCUGACGCCAGGCUCGGGAACGUCACAGUGAUCAAUAACGAGCUCCAUAUUCCAAUCAAGUUUCUUCCUUCGAAGGAGUAUUCGAGUUAUCCUUACAUAUCUUGGUAUAAAAACAAGGACGAUCCCCGAAGUUCGUGGCCGUCUGCGGAUUUUCCAAACCACGAGAAAAUAGUCAAGUGGCGAAUCCUCCCGCCGAUUUCAAGUAAAAAAUAUCAACCGCUCACGCCUCCACAAAUGGCCCACACAAACCCCGUCGGUGCAGAUGAGACCCACGUUACAGAAGAAUCAAACAAACGUCGGUCAGGAUCCAUUAGUGCGUGGAAGGACAAGGCGAAAAAGUUUUUUGCUAUCAAAAAGAUUGCAAGCAAGAGGUUUAUGUCCAACAAAGGCAAAACAGAAGAGGACAGCACAUCUCCUCGAGACUCCAUGACAGAAGCACCGGAAAGCAGCAAAAACAUCAUACAAGAGAAGAAGUAUUUACCAUCCUUCGUUUCACUGGAAUCUGAGAAAUCAGAGCUGAAAGACACAGUUCCUGAUGAUCCGAGAACAAUUAUGGGGAAGGUGCUGUUCGUUUCCCACGCCGUUAUACGGGAUCUUGGGGCAAAGGGACUCGGUGAAAUCAAUUUCAUCCCUUCUAAACCAACCAUGACCCAUGUUAUGGAGCCGACAGACAGAAGUUCCCCACCUUCGAAUUCCAUCUUCAAACCAAUUCAUGGGGUCGGACAGAACUUCUGGAAUCCUCUGCAACGAGAACAUCACAUGAUCGUUAACGUUUCUAGAAGUUACAGCCAUUCCCAGGAUAUUUCACAAGUGACAGGCCGCAUGAGCCAGGAUUUUUUGGGUCCAACUGACGAUUUCAACCGAUUAGACGAGCUAACCAACAAGUAUUCAAAUCCGCUCAGAGAAGCGGGAGCGGGUUCAGAUCUGAACAGACGGGUUGAAAUGGAUGCGUUCUUUCCUUCCGAAACGGGUCACAAUCCGAAGAAGAAAGGAAAUCGAAGUUCAUCUAGACAACGUGACUCAUCGCAAAGGAAUCGAGCUACAUUCCAGGUUAAUGAACUGCGUCAAAGAAAAUCCAGACCAACGAAACCGAAAACAAAAUCCAAUGAAUUGUUGGUGGAUAGUUAUCAGCCAACCUCGUCGGCUAAGCAACUGGAUAAUCGUUCAGUUUCUAUGCACAAGACUCGCACGCUGCAGACUGCACACUACAAUCGUAUCUUGUACGUAUCAGCCAUGGAGAAGAGCACAAAACGGGAAGUGAAGAAGAACCGGAGAAUGAACCCACAUUCGGCACAACCACAAGAUGUUCAAGAUGGUCAAACGAGUUCCUCCGUUUUAGCUAGUCGGAAGGAUGUGAAAACUUUGCUGGUUCAAAUUACUUCUCCAGAUCAAGUGCCGGUCAAUCUCAAGGCUUGCAUUCAACGCUUGCCUCUGAACGAGACUCUACUGACAGAUGCGUCAUUUGGCUCUUCAAUAAGAAGUAGUCACGCGUCCCAAUCGCUGCCGAACUGCAAAAAUGAACCACCUUGGAAGCAGAAGGCGUAUUCGAGCAAAAAAACUCCACAUUCGCGUAGCACCAGUUCAGCUGGCUUUGCCCUUAAAAGAAGAACAUCCUUUAAAUGGUCAGAUUCCAGCAGUGCUAAAACUGCUCGAAACGAAUCAAACGACACAGAGGAGCUCGUCGAAUAUGAAUACAUCGAAGAGCUAGAGGAUGAAUGCAACUCCUUGGAUGACACCGGUGCCAAAAAUGAGUUCUUGGAAGAAUGCGUGGUUGAGUACGAGGAUGAAUGGAUGGAGGAAGUUGAUGAGGAACUCGAUCGAGAUGAUUUGGAAAAUAAGGUGUUCCCAUUGCAACGGCAAACGUCCAUCAACAGUUUAUCCUUCCCAUCCAGGGCGUCGCGAUCUUCACAGGGAAGGACUCUGAGCAAAGUUUCUGGCUUGACUUCUGAACGAACCUUGGCUUCUGGAGAUUUUCCUUCAUCUGCUACGGAUGACGCUACUGACAAUCACUUGCUACUCCACUCCGUCGUGAAUCUCUUGUGUCGCCACCACUCGUUAUCUGUUGUAGACUCUCUGCGUCGCUUCCUUCGUCGUCCACACGUGAAGCAACUUCUGGACAUUUUCAUCAUUGGGCUGCAUUUGUCAAAUCUUGUCGUCGUCGUCCUGGUUGAGGUUUUUCUUAUUGGCGGUGAGGCCAAGACUGUGGUGAACAAGGUUUCAGUAGAUGUCGCACCAAGGUCUUUGAUGUGUCUGCACCAGGAUGUCGUGGACGGUGAACAGAUCACGGCCUUCUUUGUUAUCGCGCCGAGGGCAUCCAUUUAUUUCGAUAACGAUGGACAUCACUAUGAAUACACUGUUGUCCAGGUGCCAGCUGAUCAGAGGGAAAAGAACCAGGUGAAGAUGCGGGAAUCAUCCCGCAGACAAGGACAGUUGAAUUUAGACGUGAAAGGAAAUUCCACUCUCAAUUUCUGCCUGGACGCGAGUCGUGUGGAUGCUGCUACAAUGUUUACAUUGGGUCUGAGCAUCGUCUCUCGGCAGGUGGCAUCUGUGACGAGAGAUCAAUUCCUCGACAUUGAUUCUGAUUUCGUGAGACCGGUCUUCAAGAUUCAACCAGAAGAGGCUGGCGGUCAAGAUGCGCUGAAAAUCGUCUCACGUAUAAGUGCGAAGAUGCACCGAGCUUUUCAGCUUUUGAACGAGUUCCGUGAUUUUGAAAAGUUGGGUCGGUUACGGGCAGAGGAAGCGUUUGAGCGGGUCAACAAGUGGUCUUUGCUUCAAGUGAGAAUCCUUCAUAGACUGAUACUCUCCUAG